AUGGUACAUCAAGGAGCGGUAGACCAAACCGAUGCUGAGGACUCCAUGAGAGGGGGCCGACGGCUCCAAAACGAGGUCGAUGCGCAGGAUCUCGCUGCAUUGGGUCACGAGCAAGCACUUACUCGCAAGUUUAGCCUUGUGAGUAUGCUAGCCAUGGCUUUCUGUGUCCUCGGCACCUGGGCCGUCUUCGCCCAGAAUCUAGGCGCAGCUCUAACAACAGGAGGCCCAGUCAGCAUCUUCUGGGGGUUGUGCCUCGUUACCUUUUGCAACCUAUGCGUCGCAGCCUCAAUGGGCGAGCUCUGCAGUAGCAUGCCGACGGCCCUUGGCCAGGCAUACUGGGUUUCUCGUCUUUGGAGCGGACCGUCCGGUCGCCUCUUGUCUUACUGCUGUGCCGCCGUCAACACGCUGGGAUGGUGGACUUUGACAGCAUCGCAAAACAGUUUCAUGACGAAUCUUUUACUUGGCAUGAAGGUCAUUUUCGACAACGAUUGGGACGGCGCUACGAAAGGCUAUGUGCAGUUCCUUCUCUACGUGGCGAUUACGGUCUUUUUUACCGUCUUCAACCUCAUCGCAUGCCGCAGCGAUAAGACACUGCCCUACUUCAACAACUUCAUCGGCGCCGGGUUCGUGGGACUCUUCAUUGUUAUCAGCAUGGCUAUUGUCAUCGCUGUUGGAACGAAGCCAGACCUUAGCUUCCAGUCUGCCUCGUUCGUGUUUGGAGCUUGGAUCAACCAAACGGGUUGGCCUGACGGAGUCACUUGGUUUACCGGUCUUGUUCAAGCUGCUUACGGACUGACUGCAUUUGACGCCGUCAUUCAUAUGGUCGAGGAAAUCCCUUCUCCCCGACGCAACGCCCCCAAAGCCAUGUAUCUCUCGGUCAUCUGUGGCGCCGUAUCGGGGUUCCUGUUCAUGGUGGCAUGCCUCUUUGGCAUCCAAGACAUCGAUCAAGUCAUUAAUUCCCCCAUUGGAUUCCCAUUCGUCGAGGUUCUUGUGAAUGCUUUGGGAUUGGCCGGAGGCGCGGCAUUGACUGCUCUCUUCAUCUUCAACGGCUUCGGUCAGGGUAUCAGCGUCCUUACGUCGGCUUCGCGACUAACCUGGGGCUUUGCACGAGACGGCGGCUUGCCUUACCCUUCAUACUUUGCCUACGUCGACCCGACCUGGAAAGUCCCGGCACGCGCACUCUGGCUUCAAUGUCUGAUCAUUUCUUUGACCGGGGUCCUCUAUCUCUUUUCAACCACUAUUUUGACUGCCGUCCUUGCUGUCAGUACCAUCGCUCUCACGAUCUCCUAUGCCAUCCCCAUCGUGGUCCUUCUGGUCGUUGGUCGCGAUAAGCUUCCGCCGAGGACCUUUUCUCUUGGAAAGUUUGGUCCGGUGGCCAAUUACAUCUCAGUUGUCUACUGCGUGGUUACCACUGUGUUCUUCUUCUUUCCAGGAGGGCCCAACCCAACAUCUAGCGAUAUGAAUUACGCUAUUGCUGUCUUUGGUAUUAUGCUGUUGCUUUCCUUAUUGUUUUGGGUAACUAUGGGAAAGAACACCUAUUUGAGAACGGUGGACUCGGCAAAUCGAGCUAACCAUGCCCACGAGUUGGAAGUACAGAGUUAUGACGGGGUUACGGUUGGUCAAGAUAGUCCAGCGAUUGAGAAAUCGGGCAAGGAAUGA